AAGGGCUAUACCAAUCUUCAGGAGAAGCCCCUUGAACAUAACCCCGCACGCUCGUCAUCUCUGCGGCUUAUUCUUCCGAGAUCCGUCGCUGCAGAUCGACCUCUGAUCAUGCCAUGUUAGUCAUGUUUAAGAGGUUAUUUUCUACCCGACCCAUACAUACUAUAAAUAUCAUCGCAGGAGAUCAUUACUAUUAUUUAUGACAGCAUAUGCUUAACCACGCGUUAUUAAUAUACGUGGGUUUUAAUCCCUUGUUGGCUUCGGUCCGGAUACCUACUAAAACGUACUUACUACCUAGUUAUAGGGAAAAUCUUAUUCUGAGCAUGGAGCUUUCAAGACAAUUAGGUGUUUACGGAGUUAUAAUGCAUGCGUACCGUACCGAUAUGACAGGGCUACCCAACCAAUCAGUAAGUCACAAUGCGAGAUAGAGACUACCAGGCCGUCAACGAUGCGUCCCACGCCAACCCUGAUACCGAAAGGGGUGGAUUAUAUCGAGCAACUAUAGGACUCGUCAACGCCAUAACCCACUUCACUAGACGGAAUAGAAUGGGCCGUCCCGAUGAGCUCGAGGCUCUAGGACUUUCCGCAUUACGCAUCCAGCACGCCGAUAACCGGAGAUCGGGGGUAUCUGCCAUGCCAGACGAAGACGCAGACUACAAACGGCAGGUGGAAGAAGCCAACCAGACGCUCGUCGACGGGCUCGAGGCGCAGGUGAAGGUGGCGGAGAGAGGAGACGACGUGGAGGAGAACUCGUGGGAGCCGUUCUUGAACCAAUUGAAAGGACUGGUCGCAGAUGGAGAGCUUCUCGACGAGACACGCUCGGAAGUCGAAGGGUUCCGAGACAGUCUGCUGGGCCACGCCAGUGUGUUGUUUCAGUCUAGGGGUAGGGAGCUUGACGAUGCUUUAAAUACGCCUGUUAGGGACGACUGAGGCUGGAAGGAGAGGGGAUUGGGGUAAUAGGGAGUUGGAAUUGGUUGGUUAUGGUCAGGGGAAAAUUGAUGAUUUGGAGAGGAAGUGGUUUAUUAAUGGGUUUAUGAUAUAUUCCUUUUUCUUAGCGGGUGGUCUUACCUGGUGUUUUAGUUGGGAUGAAUGAUAAUUCUGUUCUGGCGAAGCGGGAUAAUAGGAGUUGAUUCGCUGUUUUGAAGCGCGUGCGAUAUUAUAUUAUAUCGAGCUACUUCAUCUACUAACAAAUUGAAUGUACCUACAUUUGGGCUAGAAUGGCUGCAAGAUACCUCAUAAGAAGAUAAGAUAUGCGGUUAUAUUAAAGCGACGAACAGGGGAAGUUUUGCAAGUUUACAAUAGUUAUAAUAUUCAUGAUGAAUUGGCUAGAGAAGUGUAUAGAAUUAGGUACUUAGGUAUUCACUUAUUAUCAAG